AUGGCGUCUCUUCCUCCUCGAUGCCUUUCGUUCUUCGUCCUCUUUUUAUUCGCACUCUUAAUAAAUCCUGCAAUCUCUCUUCGCACCUCCGUCAUCAAGCUCCCUGGAAGCGACGGAUCUGCGGAUACUUUCUGCUCGAGCUGGAGAUUGGCCGUUGAGACCAAUAACGCCGGAACCUGGAAUGUGAUUCCGUCCAUGUGCGUGGAUUCCUUCGCCGAGUAUCUUAACGGAGACCAGUACGGAUCCGAUUACGAUGUUAUCGCCGAUUACGCGCUCGCCUUCGCUAAAACGGUUCAGAUUUCCGGCGACGGCAAGGACGUGUGGAUCUUCGACAUUGACGAGACGCUCCUCACGAAUAUCGACUACUACAGGGCUCAUGGUUACGGGUCCGAAGCGUUCGAGUCCAAUAGCUUCAAUGAGUGGGUGGUACAAGGGACAGCUCCAGCUUUUGAUGCGAGCUUGAGACUGUACAAUGCUCUCAAGAAACUUGGUUUCACCAUCAUUCUCCUAACCGGUCGGGACGAGGACCAACGGAGUUGCACCGAGACCAAUCUCCGAGACGCCGGUUAUUCAGACUGGGAACGCCUCCUCUUAAGAGGUCCAGAAGAUCAAGGGAAAUCAGCUACAAAAUACAAAUCGGAGCAGCGAUCAAAACUGAUCGAGAAAGGCUUCAAAAUCCACGGCAAUACCGGCGAUCAAUGGAGUGACCUCCUAGGCUUUGCGGUGGCUGAUCGUUCUUUCAAAGUCCCCAAUCCGAUGUACUACAUUCCUUGA